AUCGUAUCCUCGCUAAAACCACCACCGGAGAAGGAAGCUCAGAGCGAGAUGAUAGAGAUAGAGAGAGAGAGUGAUCUCCAUUUGCACUUUGCAGUGAUCUUGUGAAGACGAAAACAGCGAUCUCCUCCCUUCAUCCUCGUCGUCAUCCUCCUCCUCCAUGUUCAGACCCUCUUGAAUCCCCCCCCAAAGACAAAGGCAAAGACGACGACGACGACGACGACGACGACAGAUACACAGCGACGGAACGAUGGUCCUCGGUUGGCGAAGAGCCUUCUGCACCUCCAUCCCCAAAGACGACGACGCCAACGCCAAGACCUUCUCCUGCAAGCUCCCGCGCCUCAACAAUGGGGGCGGCGGCGGCGGCGGCGGCAGCAGCACCGGCAACAGCCCCAGGAUCUCCUCCAAAUUCGGCUUCUUCUCCAAUCCCUCCACCCCUCGCUCCCAGCCUCAGCCUCAGCCUCAGCCGGCUCCGAGCCCCGGCCUCCGCUGCCGGGCCUCGUCCGUGCCGAGCAGCCCGAGGCUCCAGUGCAAGACGGCGCCGUCCCCGGCUCCGACGAGGAGGAGCGGCGGCGGCGGCGGGGAGCAGCAGAGCCACAGCCCGGCGCUGUUCGGUCUCUCGAAUCCUUCGUCCCCGAGAUCGCCGUCCGGGUUCUCUCUCCUCAAGGCGAGCCUCCGCCUCUCCAGGACGAGAUGCGGAAUCUGCUUGCAGAGCGUGAAAACAGGGCAAGGGACCGCCAUUCUCACGGCGGAGUGCGCUCACACCUUCCACUUCCCUUGCGUCGCGGCGCACGUCAAGAAGCACCGGGUCCUCGCCUGUCCCGUCUGCAGCGCCUGCUGGAAGGAGAUUCCCUUGCUCGACGCGCGCAAGAUCGACGACGCCGGGUCGAAGAUCGAGAAUGCCAAGCCCAAGCCGCUGCGAGUCUACGACGACGACGAGUCGCUGCUGUCCCCGAGCUCCGUCUCUCGAUUCAAUCCGAUUCCUGAAUCGGACGAGAGCAACGAAGAUGAUCAGCAGCAGCGAGAGGAGGAUGUGGAGUUUCAAGGUUUCUGCGUCGGCUCAUCGGCGUCGCCGUUGAGCAGCAGGAUGAGAUUGUCGGACGAGGAGAAGGACGGGAGAAACGUGGAGGUGAGCUUGCUGCCCGAAGCGGCGGUCAUUUCCGCGAACAAGAGCUACGGGACGUGCGCGGUGGUUCUGAAGGUGAAAGCGCCGGCGGUGGCGGCGAGGGCGGCGUCUGCCAGAGCUCCGAUCGACCUGGUGACGGUCCUGGAUGUGAGCGCGGGCAUGAACGGCGAGAAGCUCCUCAUGAUGAAGCGCGCGAUGCGGCUGGUGAUCUCCUCGCUGGGCGAGACCGACCGCCUCUCCAUCGUCGCCUUCUCCACCACCUCCAAGCGGCUCCUGCCGCUGAAGAGGAUGACGAUGAUUGGCCGCCGGUCGGCGCGGAGGAUCGUCGAUGCGAUCGGCUGCACCGGCCAGGCCGGGCUGGUGAACGACGCGCUGCGGAAGGCGGCGAAGGUCCUCGAGGACAGGCGGGAGCGGAACCCCGCCGCGACGAUCGUGCUCCUGUCCGACGGCCAGGACCAGCGCGUGCACGCCAACGCCGCGAAGCAGCGGCGGAGCUCCGCCAUCGUGUCGUCGUCCACGCGCUUCGGCGACAUCCCCGUGCACGCCGUCGGCUUCUGCGACCCGCGCGGGAGCGCGUCGAGCCACGCGGCGCAGGACGAGUCGUUCGCCCGGCGCCUGACCGGCCUGACGUGCGUGGUCGUGCAGGACCUGAAGCUCCAGCUCGGGUUCAUCUCCGGGUCGGACCGGGUCGAGAUCACGGCGGUCUACUCCCUGACGGGCCGGCCCGCGUCGCUCGGGUCCGGCCUGAUCCGGGUCGGCGACCUCUUCGCGGAGGAGGAGCGGGAGCUGCUCGUGGAGCUGAGGCUCGCCGGGUCCCACCACGUGAUGUCGGUGGGCUCGUCCUACCGGGACCCGCUCACGCGCGAGCUCGUGUACUCGCGGGAGCAGCCGAUCCCCGUCCCCCGCCCCCACGCCGUCACGACGUCGUCGUCGCCGCACGGCAUCCGACGCCUCAAGAACCUCCACGUCACCGCGCGGGCCAUUGCGGAGUCCCGCCGGCUGGCCGACCGGGGCGACGCGCCUGGGGCCAACCACCUGCUCGCGUCCGCCCGGGCGCUGCUGGUGCAGUCCGGCCUGACCUCGUCCGACGAGUUCCUGCGCUGCCUGGAGGCCGAGCUGGCGGAGCUCCGGCGGGUCAGGCAAGCCCAGAGGACCAGGGUGGCCGCCGCCGCCGCCGCUCCCGCCCGGGGGGCGGAGGAGAAGGCGGAGACGCUGACGCCGACGUCGGCGUGGAGGGCGGCGGAGAGGCUGGCGAAGGUGGCCAUCAUGAGGAAGUCGAUGAACCGGGUUAGCGACUUGCACGGCUUCGAAAACGCCAGAUUUUAGAGCUCCCCCCCUUUUUGUUUUUCCCAAUUUCUUUC